UUUCCACCGGAAAGAGGCUCGCCGCUGAGGGGGAGGAGCCCAAAAAGGAUUGUGGGAGAAAGGCUCUUUCCUUUCCGUCGGGCGGCAGCCAUCAGCUCAAAGGUAGGCCAAGAUGGGCGCUUACAAGUACAUCCAGGAGCUAUGGAGGAAGAAGCAGUCCGAUGUAAUGCGCUUUCUUCUCAGGGUGCGCUGCUGGCAGUACCGCCAGCUCUCUGCGCUCCACAGGGCCCCCCGCCCAACCCGGCCCGAUAAAGCGCGCAGGCUGGGGUACAAGGCCAAGCAAGGUUAUGUCAUAUAUCGGAUUCGUGUGCGUCGUGGUGGCCGCAAACGCCCAGUUCCUAAGGGUGCUACCUACGGCAAGCCUGUCCAUCAUGGUGUUAAUCAGCUAAAGUUUGCACGAAGCCUUCAGUCUGUUGCAGAGGAGCGAGCUGGACGUCACUGUGGGGCUCUAAGAGUCUUGAAUUCUUACUGGGUUGGUGAAGAUUCCACAUACAAAUUCUUUGAGGUUAUCCUCAUUGAUCCAUUCCAUAAAGCUAUCAGAAGAAAUCCUGACACCCAGUGGAUCACCAAACCAGUCCACAAGCACAGGGAGAUGCGAGGGCUGACAUCUGCAGGCCGAAAGAGCCGUGGCCUUGGAAAGGGUCACAAGUUCCACCACACUAUUGGUGGUUCUCGCCGUGCGGCAUGGAGAAGACGCAAUACUCUCCAGCUCCACCGUUACCGCUAAUCAAAGUAAUGUUUGUAAAAUUCUUACCUAAUAAACAAUUUAGGACAGUCAUGUCUGCUUAAAAGUGUUCUUUAAUUUGUCUGUUAAAUUUAGUUGUCUGCAGAUUGUUCCAUGAAUGCAUUGUCAAAUUAUGAAAGUUAAAGUGCAAUAAUGUUUGAAGACUAUAAGUGAUGGUGUAUCUUGUUUCUAAUAAGAUAAACACUUUUGUCUUUGCUUUAUCUUAUUUGGGAGUUUGUAUGUCAGUGUUUAAAAUACUGUUUGGUAUAAUAGGUAUAAAAUAAAUUCUGUAAAAGUGGAAUGCAUAAGCUAGCCAUGUAGAUUUGUUGGUGCAUGUAACGAAACCUACAGCUUCAUUGGGGUGAUGUAAUGCUCUGGUUUACUCUCAAAUGGCUGUUAUUAGGGGUUUGGAAAGAAGAAGCUUUUUAAACUGGAUCUUGCUUGGAAAUGUGAUGACUAUCCUAAUCUUUAAUUAUGAUCAUAUGUAAACGGCAUUAACUAGGAACUACAGUCUUUAUAUUGAAUCCAAUAUUCCAAUUAUGUAACUGUUGCUUUGGAAAGGGUACUUAAAAAGAAUCCCACCAAUUUUUUAAGAGAAUUGAAUAAACCUACCUGAUACAGGAGGGUUCUCUUAAAAAUGAAAAUACAUCCUGCUUAACCAAAGCAAAAUUGCCUUGGUCUCCACAGGACUGUUGAAGUUAACAUAAAAUGUGGAGGCUCCUAGUUGUAUCCCACAACUCCAUAGGAUCUGUAGAAUCCUGAAUUUCCUACAAAGUGAUUAGUUAAUGGUCUCUAUGAAAACUGAUGGAAAUAGAACAUUAGGUAGAUGAGAAGACUAAGAUCCGUAAGCUAGUAAUUAGUGCUAGAAUUGGGAAACUCGUGGCCCUCAGAUAACCUUUCAAGUGUGAGGAUAAAAAAUUAAAGUUGGCUUUGAUUAGAAUCUUAAAUACUUUAUCCAUGGUCUUUGUGACCUUUAUGAAUCCACUAGCCACCUCAGGAGAAAAAAUGGGGUUGGCUUUAAAAGUAUGUCAUUGCUCAUUCCAAGUCCUAAGUCAUCUUUGGUCAACCCACUUAAACAUUCCCAUAGGCUAUUGAGAAAAGUCAUGUAGUUGGUGUCAAUACAAGUCUAUAGUUUCCAAUCUAAUCUUACAUGUGUUAGCCCAGUCAUUUUUCUCAUCCUUAAACCCCUCAAAAUCUGCCAGUCCAUCAAUUGUGCCCACCUUGAUGUUAAGUAUACCACUAUGCUGUGUCCAUUUUGUCUUCCAGUAGAUGAGGUUUUUGUUUUCCAGGGUGAAUUUGGGUGUGUAGGAGCUACAGGAGAGGAAUUGCCCCAAUUUUAAGUUCACUAACUUAAUCCAUAGUUUGAUUUCAAAAUCUAAUUGCUGGUUUCCUUGAACCAGUUUUUAUAUUUUUUUAGGGGGUCUUAGGCUCAGUUAAAUGAUAUCCAGAAGAAGACUCAAAACCUCUUGAGACCUAAAUUCCUUUUCCACUCAAAAAGAGAUCCUAAACCAUAUAUAUAUUUUGUGUGUAGAGGUUGUUCAACUAAAGGAAUAAAUGUUUAUUAAACUAAAAUGGACCUGUUAUCUUUUGUCAUCUAAUGCUAAUAAGCAAACCAAACACCCUAACCUACAAAAAAUUGUAAUGGCAGGAACAGUCACUUUGAGAGAAAAUAAAAUGUAUAGUAUUUAGUCUUGA